AGCAGCCCCCUCGCAGAUCCAGCCCCAGAUCCAGCCCAGGCCCAGGCCACAAACAACCAACAAAAGUCAUCCCAAAAUGCGCGCUUGGAGCCGGGCUGACGGCUGGACGGUCCGCGGCUCUGUGGCUCCUCCGGAUGGUUCAGAGGAGCUGCCUUUGUGAGUGCUCACGCUGCUGCCCCUGCUCUGCCCCUGCCCAGCACCUGUCGCUGCCCUGCCCAGCACCUGUCGCUGCCCUGCUCUGCCCGCUGCCCGCCGCUGUUGUUAUGGCAACAGCUCUCAGAGAAGCAAAGUGGUACACAGAGACUUUCCUAAAAACAUUGGCCCCCUCAGUCCCAGAGAGCGCGUUGGAGAGAAGAAUAUGAAUGUGCGGCGUACGGUGCCCCGCUCCUGGUGUUGAAGCAUGUAUAACCCACAGGGCCACCUGAGGGGCCCGCCUGAAGAGGGGCCCCCAGAGGAGCGCCAGCGCUUUCACUGUCAGGAGUGUGGCAAGCAGUACAACACGCAGCUGGGCUUUAGGAGACACCUGGUGGCGGCGCACAGCACUGCAGGGGCCCCUCUGUGUCCCCAGACCCCCCCCUCUCUGUUGGAACAACUGGGUGGCCACACAGACCGGCCCCCCCCUCCAGAGGGCGCCGCCGUGGUCCCUGUCAGAGAGAGGAAGUACUCGUGUGAGCGCUGCGACCGCCGCUUUUACACCCGUAAAGACGUGCGGCGCCACGCGGUGGUGCACACCGGCCGAAGGGACUUCCUGUGCCCGCGCUGUGCCCAGCGCUUUGGCCGCAGGGAUCACCUGACCCGCCACCUGAAGAAGAGCCACGCCCAGGAGCCCGCCCUCAUGACCCCGCCCCCCGCAGCUCCUGUUACUCCUGUGGCCACGCCCACCCCCGCCCAGUGCCCGGUCAAGGAGGAACCUUCGCCCAGAAACUGUGACAUGGGCCCCCUGUCCAAGGAGUCCCUGGACCCCUUCUGCAGGGACAUGUACAGCUCCUACCCCAUGCCCCCCCAUGGCCUCCCACAGGGGGCGCUGCCCUCAGGAAUGGGUCGUCACGUGACCCCUCAGGCCCCGCCCCUGCCCCAGCCGGGCGCGCUGCAGCAGCCGUACAGCAGCGUGGGCAGAUACCAGCACUCAUCUACCUCAUACCCGCGCUCUGACGUGGACAGCUUCCUGCUGGAGCUCCAGAGCGCCCCCCCGCCUCACCUCAACAGCGUGGGCCCCGGGUGCCCCUCGCCCCAGAGGGAGGGGCUGGCCGAGGGCACGGAGCUGUCCUGUACCACUAACCUGCUGGGCUUCCUGCCGUUCGGCCUGCCCCCCUACAGCGCCCACAUGGGCAUGGGAGGGUUGGUCAUGAACUACCCCCCCACCAGCUCCUCCUCCCCCUCGUCCUCCGCGGGGCUCACCUCGCAGGCCCCGGGGCCCUUCUUCCUGCAGCCCGCUCAAACCCAAGUGCCCCCAGCGGCCGGAAGCCACAACCACAACCAGCUACCUCAGGCCUACGGGGGCUCCGGCCCCUCCAGCGCCCUACCUCACUACUACCAGGCCUUUCAGUGAGGCCCCCGCACAGCUCCACACAACCAAACACCUCACAGUAUUACCUCAGCGUCUAGAGCAAUGCUUGAACAGAGACUUAGAGACUUACAGUGAAGGCACUUACAGCUCCUCGCCACGUUCCUGCCACGCCCCCUGUGACGCCGCGCGCUGCCCCGCGACGUCACUGUUGGUUCAGUUUGUCCCAGAGACUGAACGGGAUUCGACUAUUAAACUCCAUUUCCAGUUUAUUCUAGUGUGACUCAGAAUCGUAGAUGCACUUCUUCCCUUUGGCCUGUUGACCUGACCUUGAGAAGGUCAGGAGGUCAAACCCGGACUCUCCCGUCGACGUGAACGUGACUGUUUUGAGUGGCAGGCUGACGGGCAGCUGUGUGACUUGCUUCUUCAUAUGGACUUGGGACACAGUGGAUGUGUCAGCUGUGGAUCUGUAGUAUUUGAGCAGGCACUAGGGGGCAGCACACUCCACAGGAGUGUUGGCAGACCUCAGCGGUGCCUCAGAGGGUUUGAUGCCUUAUGCCCCUUGUGCCUCAGUCAGGUUUAAGCACUUAACACUUGUUCUCUCUUUGCCGUUACACUUUUUAUUAUUACUCUUUGAAUAUAGUUAUUUUUGCUAUUAGAUUGAAACUACAAGUGUAGGUUUGAAACAGAUUUUUCUAUAGCUGCAGUAAUGUGUAGUCAUGUUUUCUACCUCCAUGUCAUAUAUUUAAUCAGAUGAAUAGAUUUUGAACUAUGUUACAGUUGAGCAGUUUGACCAUUUUAGACGACGCUCAAGUGUGUGUGGACAUGUUUGUACCUUUGACUACCUCAGAAGAGACAGCUGCUGCGAUGCUCCGCUGUGGCCUGAGAGGGCGCUGUCUCACACAGUGGACACGAGCACAGCUCCUCCUAGAACACAGCUCAUAGUAUUUGUACUCUCAUUCAUGGUGUUGGAUUGGAAGUGAACAACUAAAAGCCUUGGCGUCCUUAGCUCUGAUACUAACAGUAGUUUCCUGUGUGUAGCUGUAGUCUAGCGUAGCAGCAGGAGGUGGGUUUGUAGCUCCACAGGUUUGUAUUACGAUGACUAGACUAGAACACAGAAAAGGGCAUUCAACAUCAUCUGUACUGAAAUAAAAACGCCUUUUGACAUCA